GGCCCAGAGCUGGUCCGUCCGUCGUCCGGCCGACUCGAGGCAUCGGAGCAGCGGAUUUCGCGCGAGAUAUAGAUCCAUAAACACACGCGUACACGUACGCACACCCACACAUACAUACCCACAUACAUGUACAGAGGAGCAGACCGACAUAUACAUACGUACACGCACACAUGACACGCACGUCACAUACACACAUCGUCGCACAUACGCCCACACACGCACGCACGCACACACACAUAUGCACGCACUCGUCACAUACUCGGCUCGGCGCACACGUGUACCGUACGUGAGCACACAGUGCGAAGAGGAACGACACAUAAGUUCGCGCCGUACACUACGUACACACGCCGACGGCAGCGCAUACCACGCGUGUAGGAUCCCCGUGUACACGUUCGCGGGUUACGCGAAACGAUCGCGCGCACCAUCCACGCGUUUUACGGACUCUUACGCACCAGCGCAUACGUCGCGACGUCGCCGGAGCAGCCGUUCACUCGCGCGCGCGCGCGCGCGUCUCGCGAAUACCGCCGGCUUCUUCGUCACCAUACGGUCGCGAUUUGCGAAUGGAUCGACAGCGUUGAGCGGCGGCGAUUGAAGUAGCGCGAGUACCGCGGUUGUGUGGUAGUGAGCGGUCGUGAUCUCUCGAUCCUAUACGCGAGAGCGAGCAGCACGUCUACCAGUCAAGCAGCCAGCCAGCCAGCCAGCCAGCCAGCAAACCAGCCAGCCAGCCAGCCAGCCAGCCAGCCAGUCAGUCAACUAAGCAGCUAGCUAGUUCAACGGACAGCUCAUCUCAGAGGCGAUUCGUUUCGGAGCAGCGUAUACUACUACUUUUGACUUUCGAAGAGCAGGCAGACAGGCAAAGGGAAAGAGAGAGAGAGAGAGAGAGAGAGAGUAAAGGUGUAGGAAAGAGAGAAUCCCAACGGGCCACGUGCUAACCGCCGGCGAAGGAGCAGCCACGACUGUCGCAGUGAGGAAGAAAAGUAGAGUGUGCAAAGACGUCGACAAAUUUGACCGUCCCUGGUUUCACCAGGAAAAGAGAUCGCAUCAGUGGCGGUGGGGGAUGGGUUAGAGAAUCGGAGCGAAUCUGUAGUCUCUAUGGAUUACUGGCCGAGUUGACACGCUCACCGGCCGGCGGGAGAGGAUCUGAGAGUAGUCUCCCUUGGCGACGAUCCACGACGUAUGGAACGCUCGGAGAAGUGUGUGAUUUUGCGCGGGGAGUUGCGGCUCCCCUGCUAGUUCAACGAAUGCGCCAAUGACGAGGCACGCGAGCCGACAGUCAAAAUUUCGUCGACGCUCAUCGGAUCUUCAGACGAACUGAUAUUUAGGAGAGCAAAGAGGGAAGGAGCACAACUGAGACAAGGAAGGAGUAGGGAGAGACGGACGGUCAUGGUGCUCAUAACUAUUACCCUGUUGCGUUGUGACACUUUGUAUUACCGUGACUAAAAACUGACCAUGCGCUCCUUUUAAAAGUUGAGCGAAUCCAAAGGAUUCGUAAGGGCUAAGAACAUUGAUCAUAAAUUUGGGUGCGAAUUUUUGUUAAGAGACGGACUGUCUCUAUUGUCCAAGUGUGUUAUAAAAACGUGAAAAACGGACUGACCAACUAGUCGAAGGGAUGUCACGGAGAAAGCAAGCUCGCCCGAGUCGUGCACACCUCGAAGAGGAUCUUGCCCAAGGCACAUUGCUGAUCAACCCGCUUGCGAACAUCCCGAGCGAGAGCAAAGAAGAAAAUGACUUCACUUCAGACGGUGAAGAAAGUGGCGGUGGCGGAGCAGUUGGCGAAGAAGCCGUGGAUCUCACCGCGACGAGGCCGCACCAUGGCGACGACGACGAUAAAGACGCCGAGGAUCCUUUGGAAGAGGAGGAGGAAGAAGGCGUCGACGAACAGGAUGAUCAGGAGGAGGACGAGGAGGGAUCUCGCAAACAGAUUCGCCAUCGGCAAGACGCGGAGAACAAUAAUAAUUUUGUGGAAAGCGGAGCGGCUUCCUCCAUCUUCCCACCCGCUGGGACUAGUCACGUCACUCUCGAAGCCCUUCAGAACACGAAGGUAGCGGUGGCUCAGUUCGCGGCAACUGCCCUCGCCGGUGGUGCUGACAGUGAGGCGGCUCUGCAGGAUCUGGCUUUUCUGCAAAGCACGUUAUACACACUUCAGCAUCAACAGGUAUUCCAGUUGCAGUUGAUAAGUCAGCUGCAGCAGCAAUUGUCGAUCACUCACGGCCAAACCGUGCCACAAGCAUCGACAACGGAUCCAGUGGACAGCAAAGAGGCGUCGCCAUCUCCGAUCAUUCACACGAAACCAUUAUCGACUCUCACGUCGCCACCCACUUCGCGACCGCCGAGUCAUCAUCAGCAGACGUCACCGGCGCCGAUGACGCCGAAUCUGCUUCAGGAGAGGCCGACCUCGACGAGCAGUGCCUCCCCGUUGAAUCUACCCCUGUCUACGGCCAGUGCAACGUCGACCACGGCAACGACCGCUUGCAGCCAAAUCUCGCAGCCGCACCAGAUACCGCAUUGCUCGAUAAGUUCUUCUCUCGCCUCGUCAAUCAUAACGAACACGGAUCCACCGCCGCUUCACGAGCCAAAUACUCUGGAGAUGCUGCAGAAACGCGCCCAAGAAGUCUUGGACAAUGCAAGUCAAGGCCUUUUGGCCAACAAUCUGGCCGAUGAGCUCGCGUUCAGAAGCGGCAAAGGCUCACGCCUACAACCGUACGACUCGAAAUCGAGCGGCCGCGGCGAGCCCUUCUUCAAGCAUCGGUGCCGCUAUUGCGGCAAGGUCUUCGGUAGUGACUCGGCGUUGCAGAUCCACAUACGAUCCCACACAGGUGAGCGACCCUUUAAGUGCAACGUCUGCGGCAGCCGAUUCACAACUAAGGGCAACCUGAAGGUCCACUUCCAGAGGCAUACGGCCAAGUUUCCGCACGUAAAGAUGAAUCCGAAUCCCGUUCCAGAACAUCUAGACAAGUACCACCCACCCCUCUUGCAGCAAAUCGCUUCUGGGCAGAGGCCAAUGCCGUCCCCGCCACCGCCACCGCCACCCUCUCAUCAUCCCUCGUUUCAUCCGGCGGCAACGCACAAUUUCCUACCACCUCAGCCGCCCAUACCUUUGAGUCUCACCUUGCCUAGUAUGCCACCCAUUUACCGACCACAGAAUAUUAAUCACCGGGACGAUCAGGAUGUGCCGGAGAACCUUAGUAAACCCGUAACCGCCGCCCCGUCGACGUCCCCGCAUUCCCCCGUCGCCAUGUCGAACUCUCGUCAUUCCUUUCACGACAAUCACCAACAGCAGCAGCCUGCACAGCAGAAGCAGCAUCAGCAACAGCUCGAGCAAAGAGAGGAGAUCAAGCUCGAGCACAGGUCGCCGGGACAGGAACAAUACCAACCGCGACCGACGAGUCAAGAGAACGCCGGGCGAAUAACUCCGAAAAGAGAGCCCGAUGAAACGGAGGAACCAGUGGAGGAAGAGGCCGAGGACUACGAGGAGACCACGAGGCGAUACUUGAAUUCGCCUCAAUCUUCGGUGAAUCCGUCGUCACAGCCGCAAACGUACGAGGACUGUAGUAUGGACAGCAAGAUCAGUGGGCGUUUGGAGGGCGACGGUGAUCUGGAAAUGGACGAAGAGACGGAAGAGCAGCCAGAGAAUCUGUCCGGCAGAGGUGCGAUUAGUCGCCUGCCGCAACAGAUGAUCGCGUAUCCGGGAGCGUCUCCAGCUAGCAGUAGCGCGAGUAGCGGCAGUCUCCAGACUUCGUUUGCCGGAAUUCUAUUUCCAGGCCCACCGGCGCACCAUCAGAUGCCUCAUCUGUCCGCAACGACGGGUAGUGCGGCGCCAAUUAUUUCCGCGGGCGAGAUGAUCGAUCCGGCCAAGGAUCCGGCGAUUUAUUCGAGCCUAUUACCGCGACCAGGCAGCAAUGAUAACUCUUGGGAGAGUCUUAUUGAAAUCACGAAAACCUCGGAGACGUCCAAGCUACAGCAACUGGUAGACAACAUCGAGCAUAAACUGACCGAUCCUAAUCAGUGCGUCAUUUGUCACCGAGUGCUCUCCUGCAAGAGUGCGUUGCAAAUGCACUACCGUACUCAUACAGGUGAGCGUCCGUUCAAAUGUAAAAUUUGCGGCCGCGCGUUCACCACGAAGGGUAAUCUGAAGACCCACAUGGGAGUGCAUCGGGCGAAGCCUCCGUUGCGAGUGUUGCACCAGUGUCCCGUGUGUCACAAGAAAUUCACAAACUCGUUGGUGCUCCAGCAACACAUACGUCUACACACCGGCGAGCCCACUGAUCUCAGUCCGGAACAGAUCCAAGCCGAGGAAGUGAACGAAUUUCCGUCCGGUUACCAUCACCAUCCGCUGGCAUCCUUCUUGCCGCAAGCAUUCCCGCCAUUGCAUCCGACUAGUAGUGGCUUUUUAGGAUUCCCUCCGAGACAAGUGACAACGGUCGAGCGACAAGUGCAGGAGAACGACAUGGAACAGAAAGACGAGCAGCAGCAACAACCGCGCCAACAGCAGCAGCCACAGCCGAGAUUCAUGGAGGAUCACAACGAAGAAGUGGAGGACCAAGAAGAAGAUGAGAAGGAUCGCAGGGAGGACGACGAGAGGUGCGAGAUGAAUCGCGACCGACGCAGCGCCGACGUCGAGGAGGAGCACGAGCACGACGGCGAGGACACCGAGCACAAGGACAUUCCUCUUCCGAUGUUCUCGACGUCGCUAGCGGCACUUGAGAACCAAGUGAGGACCAUCACGACCACAGCCACGACCACGGUGGCAAACGUCGCCAGGUCGCCGCCCUAUCAUCGGUACAACGGCAGCGAGAAGAGCGACAGUCCGCCGACAUCCGGCGCGCCGCUCGAUCUGACUCCGCGCGCCUCGUCGACGCCAGCGUCAGUGGCUUCGGCGUCACCGACACCGCCACCCCAGCCUGCACCGCAUCAUCCGCCGCAUCCCUUCGGCAUGUUCGCAGGGCUGCUGCAAGCGGUGUCCUCGACUCCCGCCACGAGCACGAUGGGCUCGUCGAGCAUAAACAGCGUCGCCUCGAUGAGCGCCGUGACGCCGGGAAGCGGUGGCAGCGGACCAUUAGCUUCCCUGACCACCUCGGCCGUACUAGCCGCGACGUCCUCCUACAAUCCGCUCGGUCUAGCUGUCGGAGGGUCAGCAGUACGUGGAAACACCACAUGUAAUAUCUGCUACAAGACGUUCGCGUGCAACUCCGCAUUAGAGAUUCAUUACCGGAGUCAUACGAAGGAGCGACCUUUCAAAUGCACCAUAUGCGACCGAGGCUUUUCCACGAAGAACGACGGUUCCGGUCAACAAGUAUGCUCCUGCGCGGACCAACCCUUUGCCGCGAAGGGUCCGAUCCCCCCACAACCCAAUCCCCAAUAUCACUCGUAUCCGGCGAGAUCGGCCGUCGGAAGUCGUGAGAAACCGAAACGCAGGCGGCGGCGGCCUGAGGAGCGGAAGAACCGGGGGCGGACAGGAACAGGAGGGGGGCGAAGGCUGACGUCUGUUUAUCCUGUCGUCCGCCUGCCCCCGCUGAUGCCACCCGCCCUCGGACUUCUACCCUCGGACCACGUCUUCCUGGGUAAUAUGAAGCAGCAUAUGCUGACUCACAAGAUCCGCGAUAUGCCGCCACAUCUGUUCAGCGACACAAAACACCAACAGCAACAGCAACAGCAGCAACAGCAACAUCAGCAGCAACAGCAGCAGCAGCAGCAGCAGCAGCAGCAGCAGCAGCAGCAGCAGCAGCAGCAGCAAUCUCAGGAUCACGAGACUUCCAGGAGUCCUAUGGGCACCGACGACUCGAGCCUACCGCCUCCUCCACCGCCGCCGCCACCGCCACCCCCGUCGAUGCCACCGACAUCUAUCGAAUCGGCGAUCCCGGUAAAAAGGUCACCGCCGGACGGAAAUCUACCAGCGCCGAAGAGAUCAGCCAGCGUGGUGAGCAAGCACUUGUGCCAGAUUUGCAAUAAGAAUUUCUCCUCGUCUUCGGCGCUCCAGAUCCAUAUGAGAACCCACACUGGCGACAAACCAUUCCCAUGCCACGUCUGCCAGAAGGCCUUCACCACCAAAGGCAACCUCAAGGUGCACCUGGGCACUCACAUGUGGUCCAACGGGGCGUCGCGUCGAGGUCGACGAAUGUCGUUGGAUCUGCCACCCCUGCCAAUCACGCCCAAGGACUCGGAGUUUCUGCAACGACGGCCGGAUCUCUUUUACCCGUACCUUCCCGCGCCGUUCCUUAACGGCGUCCAGCAGAAGCUGAACGAGAUCUCGGUGAUUCAAAGUAACAACGGCCUACCGCCGCACUCCGUGGGCGCGGGCAAGUACGCGAGCCUGUUCGGCUCGGUGUACGGCGCCGGCGGGGGUGGUUUCCCGCUGGACAAGCAGCCGACGGCGGCGAGCAGCAACGGACCCUUGGUGGACGGCAAGUCCGCGAUUCCCUCCGGCUCCAUGCUGUUCCAGACGCCGUCGCCGUCGCAUUCGCCCGGCACGCCGUCCUCCAACAGCGGCAGCCAAAACUCCGCCGGCGUGACCGCUUGGACCGCCGGCGACGCGCUCCAACAUCACUUCGACCGAGAGACGCCGAGCAGAGGUGAGAAUGACGCGACGCCACCCGCUGCGCGGCUACCGCCACCGCCGACCAGGGGCGAGGGAUUGGCCGCGUGAAGUUUAACGAAUACAUAUCUCACCACGUCGUAGCCGCGGAGGGCGCAAUCGCCCGUUCACCGCGCUCACCGAGGCUCGACCGAGCUAGAGGCUGAUCGUAUGAUCGAUUCCUUCGAGAGAACUCCCCAGACUGAAUAAUUUAACGAGCGGAGGAGGAGGAGGAGGAGGAGAAAGAGAAAGAGGAGUCGCGGCGAGCGAAUGCUAAUGGCAUGCACAUUGUGGGCAGUCUUCUUGACCCCGUCCUCCGUCCUCCGGUCGGCGAAGGUCUCCCCGUCGACGUAUCGGUUCUCGACGGUUCGGACACGCGAUCCGGAUGGGAAAAGCGGGCUCUCGUCGCGACAGUGGAGACAGCGUUUCCGAUCCGCGCGACUGCAACGGUGAUCCCACCGUGAAAGUGAUCGAGAGAGGAGGUGGUCGCAGGAAGUGCUGCGGACCAUUUGAUUAAUCUCGUGGUGUUUCCCAGCAGUGCGUUUCAUAGCAGGACGAUCUUCGGACUCGCGCGAUCUCCAACGGCACACGAUGGCAACGAUCGCCUCGGGGAUGAACGCGCGGAAUCGUAUAAGACCCAAGUUGGCGGUCGAGUUACUUGGCAUUUCUCUUCUGCGUACACGCGAUGACAUAUCCCUGUCCCGUCUGUCCAGUCCCAUCUCCUCUUCCUCCCAAUGUCCGGUGGUCCCGAUCCUAGCGAACGAAGACGCCAUGUUCCUAUUAUCACACUAGUCUUAAUGCGUUUAAAAGGGAUGAUCGAUAGACGAUCGAUUGAUUGGUCGGUCGGUCGGCCGGUCCGUUAACGGCUUCCGACUUAGGCUAGAGCGAGAACAACGCCGAUCUCUCGACGCGGAAAACCUCGAGAUUCGAGAAUUUCGGGGCUCGAUCGCGUCCCCGUUUAUUCAUCGUUUAUUCAAGCCGGCAGAGUCCGCCGCGACUGACGCGGGCCGGCGAGACGCUCCGCUUAAAUAUUGAUCGCGUGCGCGAUCGAGCCUCGUUACGUUACGUAUGGUCGCAACGUCGAAUCCUCCGUACGGGAUUAUAGGAAUCCCCGAGCUAGGCACGGCGCCUAGACUGAGCUCGGCUCGCGAUUAGGGCGAGCGUAGGUGUAUCUAGGGCCGCAAGACACGUGGCGUCGUGUCCUAACAGGUGUCCCCGACACAAUUCGACCGUCCAUUCGCGACAGCGGUGGGCACCUCUCCGGGUUAACUAAGGCUGCGUUAUAAAUAUAUACAUAAUGAUUUUA